UGUUUGAACAAAUCAUAGUCGGCCUUAAAUUAUCAUUUAUUCAUUUAUUAUUUACUGAAAGAAAAUUGAACUAAAUACAUCUCGGAGACUUUCCUUUGUGAUUCUUUGCAUUUUUUAUUGCAUGGUGAAGGCCCAUGCUAGUGCAACUACCUGAUUAUGACACUACCCAGAUUUGACUAGAACUUAACAAUUUAUCAGUGAUAUGCAGUUAUUUGAGAAAAUGUUCUUUAAUAGCCGUGUAUCGUUGUUUGGAACUCACCGGAUUAGUUGUUGUGCAUGAUUCACAAGAAAACUAUAUCUGGAUAACAGGCAUGAAACAGACUUCUGAUUGAAUCUAACACCUGUAACAAUAAACAUGUACUCGUAUUUAACAAAACGUCGAAUAAAAACUGUAUAUUUUAAACCGAAAUUUCUCGUGGAUUUUAAAAAUCUUUACUAAAACAGAUUAUUGAAACAUAAUUUUUGAGUUUUAAAGUUUGCUUUUUAUAAUUGUUUAAGUGGAGCUUAUUCCAUAUUCUAUCCAUAGGAAGUACAUAUGUUUUUAAGCUUAAAUGCCUGUACUUCUAAUCUCUUUAAUUGCAGUUGAAGAAGUCGAAUCUUGUUUUUGACCUACAACCAUAUUACAUAAAACUAUAAAUUUGGAAAUAAGCGCAUCGUAAAGGGCAAAAAUGUUUGCCGACUACGGAAACGUACCCCCAAAUCAUGCUCCAACAUACAGUGAUGUGUCGGUGAAUCCCUUUUCGGCCGCCGCUGGCCUUGAUAUGGAUCAAUACUCAAGUGCUGAAGAUCGCGCCAGAUAUCCAAGUCAUAUGGCGUAUCCAAUGUCGCCGGAAAUGGGCGAGAUGGACGAAGCAACCAAUUUACAUGGCUUGUAUCCAAGUGGUGGUGGCGGGGGAACAGGCUGGGGCGAUGACCCCACAGGCAUUGGCGGUGGUACUGGACCCUCCGGAUAUGGUUAUGGUGCGCCCUAUGGCGGCGGAGCUGGUGGUUAUCCCGCACAUGCACCGGUACAUGUGCCUACCGGUGGCUCGUAUUCACAUCAUGCUAUAGCCGGUAGCGGUUAUGGCGGCUAUGCACCACCUCCGCCAAAGAUCUAUGCCCGUCCCCAUCCGACUGUGCCGACUAAGGGCUUCAAAAAGAAGCAUAGCUCCAGUGACAGUAAUGCCUCCACAAUGAACGCACUUACGUUGUUGGCAUUCUUCUUCUUUGUGAAUCUGCUGCAGAGCUGCCUCAAGGAGAAUAUGGAAGCCAUGAAUCCCACUGUGAUGGUGAUGACGACGAAUAUGGUGCGCAAUCGCAACACGAAGCUGGCGGAAAUGAACUCGCGUGAGCAGAGCAGUUCGCCAGCAUCGGCAUUCACAUCGGGCGCGAAUAUUGUCGUGGCGCCAGAGACUUUGGUGUCGGCGGGCAGCAGCUCAGUGGCGGCAGGAGCGCCCGGUUUGACCAGUGUGACGCUACAAACAUCACCAUACAGUGAUGGUGGGGGCGGCGGCGGUAUUGCCGCUGGUGCAGCUGGUGUGUCGGGUGCAGUGAAUGUUGGUAACAAUUUCGCAGGCGGCGCUGGCGUUACCAGUAACAACAACCAUAUUAGUAAUUACAACAAUAACAAUCACGGUGGCAACGAUAAUGGCAAUCGCCAACCCGGAGAACCUCAAUACAGUUAUGGCAUCAACGGUGUCAAUAGUGGACCGCAGCAUCAUAGUGGCGCAACGGUAAUGCAGAACCAACAGAACCAGAACGCGAACAACAACAAUAACAAUCAAGCAUACGGUGCUAGCCAUCAUGGUGACACUUAUCCUUUUUCACCCACGCCAACAAUAAUAACCGCUAAUCGCGAUCCACGUCCAGAGUUGUAUGACCCACCCUAUCUGUACCGUAAUCAAACAAUAAACUCCGCCACCAGCCUCAACCAACAACAUUAUUACCAGCAGCAGCUUCAACUGCACCAUCAGCAACAUCAGCAACAACGUCCAUAUCCACCCGAACAAUUUGAAGAAGAAGAGUAUGAAGCGCAGUCGCCACAACAACAACCUCCGUCUCAAAUUCAACAGCAGCAGCAACAUGAACAUCACGUCCAUAAUCAGUUUCAACAACAACAUCAACAGCAAUACCAUGAACAUCGUCCAAAUGACAACUAUGCACCACAACAACAAACAGAUCAUCAUGAAGAAUAUCACGAGCAUCACCAUAAUCAGCCACCGGUUCCUCAUCCGCCACAUGAUCACUUCCAGCAUCAUUAUCCAGCUCAACACCCUCAGCAACAGUCUUCGUUUCACUCUCAUCAACAUCACAAUUACGGCACUAACCGUCGUCCAUCGCCCCCCAACAGGGGCUAUAGUGAGGUAUCGCAUCCAUGGUCUUACAGCCCGGCUUCUUCAACCUUUAGACGUGGCUCGAGCAACUCUCCACUUUCGUCGUAUACCUGGUCUUCAGACUCUUCAAAGGGUCACGUGAGUGGAAAUAAUAACUUUGGUGACCAUGACGAUGAUGACGAUCGCCGAUAUGAGGACUCAUUUUAUACACGCUCCGAGAGAAAAUAAUAGCAAACUAUGAACUUAAUAAGCAUUUAAAUGACUUUGAAGGACCUUGCUUAAUAAAAUGUCAAUAUAUUUUAGAUCACGAUUUUUUGGGUAAUAAAGGAAUAAAGUGUCGUGAAA